AACACGCUGUGGAUCUGCUGCUCAGAAGCUUGGUUUGAAAAAGAGCCCCGCCCUCCUCCUGCCUCUCCUGGAGCCUUAUAACCAGAUGCCUGUUCUUCAGACUCACAUACCCAAGAAACGCACCGGACUUGAGCACAGUUACGACCCCGGUGAGCAGACAGAAGGCAACCUGACGGAAUAUACGCAGUUCGCAUUUGUUUGUUUUUGAGAACCGUCUUGGCUGAGCGAAGAAGACAUGGAUUUUCUGAACCACAACUACUUGAGCGCGCGCACGCCCUACGAUUACACCUUCAAUUUUUGGAAUGACUAUCUCGGCCUCUCCACGCUGGUCACCAAGAACAACCAGCACAGCGUCCCCCAGAGUCCCAACUCCAUCACGGAGUCCCUGAAAGCCACACUGGGCUUGGACGACAGCCCUCCGUGCCCGUGCGUAAUCGCGGCCGGCGGCGACGGCGACAGCGGAGGACACCUGGACUCCUGCUGCUGCCCCCCGCCCGCCCCCAUCUCCAUCCUGGACCUGAAGGAGCGCUUCUCCAUCCUGAGCCCCUUCCAGAACCAGAACCAGGGAACGGGAGGGCUGCUGUCCUCCUCCCAGGAGCGGGAGAUGGGCAUCGGAGGGAGCUUCGCAGGAUUUGAUCUGUUCGGCGUGGAGAGGAAGAUGAGGAAACCGGUGGCGCGCAAUAAGCAGGAGCCCAAGAUCUGCGUCUUCUGUCGGAAUAACGGCGCGCCGGAGGAGGUGUACGGCUCGCACGUCCUGAAAACCCCGGAUGGGAGGGUGGUGUGCCCGAUCCUGCGGGCGUACACAUGCCCCCUAUGCAGUGCCAACGGGGACAACGCGCAUACUAUAAAAUACUGCCCUCUCUCCAAAGACCAGCCUGCCCAGAGAGUGCUGAGGGGAGGCAGAGCUGUGGGUGGUAAGCGAGUGAAAAUCUUCUAA